AUGACAUCUCUCUUGCUACGUCCAUCACUGCGUCUAUUGCAACCCCAGCGUUCAUUACGCUUUCCACUUCUCUAUAAACAGCCGACAGCAUUUACUUCCUCCAGCAGCAAUACUAGUGCUACGUCAGAGUUCACAUCAUUACAACAAGCUUCGCUGGUUUUGGCUGCCAUGUUUGGUGGCGGGUAUGCUAUUGGGUAUUUUUUCGGGCCCUUCCCGUCUCUCGAAGAUCUCAUGGGAGUUAAAGUUAUUGGAGGAGCUUCGAAAUACAAGGGAGAGUUGCUCGUGACAGACAAGGUGUUCUUCGACAUUGGCAUUAACGACGAUUAUGUGGGGAAAAUUGUGAUGGGGUUGUAUGGAGAAGCGCAGCCUCGGACGGUCGAGAACUUUCGAGCGUUGUGUACAGGAGAGAAGGGUGCAUCGCGUGCAGGGCCACCAUUGUGGUACAAGGGCUCGAGCUUCCACCGCAUCAUCCCCGGCUUCAUGAUUCAAGGCGGCGACUUCACUCAGCAUAAUGGACGUGGUGGCGAGUCUAUUUACGGACGUCGCUUCGACGACGAAAACCUGAGUGUGCCUCAUGGAGGCCCUGGGACGCUGAGUAUGGCGAACGCUGGCACGAAUACUAACGGAAGCCAGUUCUUUAUCUGUACGGGCGAUACGCCGUGGCUGGAUGGCAAACACGUGGUGUUCGGACGUGUGCUAGAGGGUAUGGAUGUUGUGGACAUCGUUUCGAGCUGCGGAAGACGUUCUGGGAAACCCAAGGCUGAAGUCAAGAUUAUUAACUGCGGCGUACUGGAUGCGAAUGCGGCUAGCGAAGGUGGUGCUGCUGCAAAAAAAGAGCCGCAACGUUUGACGCGCGAAGAAAUGCAGGAUCGGCUCGAUUCGCUGUGCGAGGUGGAGGGCAACUUCCAGGCGCAAAAGGACCAGAUUGACUCCACCAUGUAUGAACAGCUGAUGCUAGAAAUUAAGCAUGAGAAGCUGCGUAUAAAGAAGGAGCUGAAGAAGUUGCAGUCUGGAGAGGAAGCUACUUAA